UGUCCUCUCUGCUGACUUUCCUCCGUCAUCACAUCACAAAGCAAGCAGAAGACCUGCAGGUCGCAUCAAUGGAGCGCUGCGCUUGGCCUAAGAACCUCUCCUCAAGCCGCAAGCACGCGAUCAAGGAGCUCCUCCAUGGCCAGAAUCCCACGAAGAAGAUCAGACAUCUCUUCGACGCUCACUCUCAAACUGGCAAUAACACAGCGCAGCCCUUGAUUGCGGAAGAUCUGAUCGUCAACGUCCUCAGGUCGUUCAGCAACACCCUAUCCCUAUCGAGCAGUGCCGCCGAGUCUGCGUCCUACGAGGUCUUGCAGGUCCCGACCAACGCCUGUGUUAGGUCCGAGGUCUCCGAGGAAGUCUCCGAGGAGAGCAUCAAGCCCCCGCCGGUCCCGACCAACGCCUGUGUUGGGUCCGAGGUCUCCGAGGGAAGUGAGAGCAUCCACACCCCGGUCCCGAGAAGGAAUUCGGAUACAUGGACAAGACUGGACCUGAAUUUGAUAGAUGACGGGAGCUACUUCAGGUGCGCUCACAGAUUCGUCCAGGGAUGUCUAGCAGUCAAGCAUGUCCAAAAGAUCGAGGAUGACGCAACCCUUUACAUGGUCACAUACAGAGGACCCCACACUUGCUUGGUCAACUCCUCCAUCCCCUUAAGUUUCAACACUAGCCUCAUUGCCGAACAAGACGACGACGACGGCGACUCCAUCUUUAUCAACUUCCAAUCCUCAUCAUCCGAUUACAACCCUGUGUUCAAAUCUGUCGGGGACAUCAAAUCCUGGUCAUGA